AUGAUUGAAGACUUGGUCAGCCACAUAACGCCAGGGAAAGCAGCCCUCUGGCUUAUAGGACUCUUUAUCAUUGGCUGUGUGAUUCGCAAGUUGCAGGUGUACCGAGAAAUCUCUCGUCUGGGUGCCAGAGCUCCUUAUAUCCCUUCAUCCGCCCCAUAUGCGAUCGACUUCAUCCUCAAGACUUCCAAGGCCAAUGCAGCCAAUAGGGACGUGCAGCUUUGGAGCGACUGCUUACGAACAGCCCGAGGAGCCCCCCAGAUCAAAUCCCCCAAAACAGCAGAGCUCACCUCCGGCCUGUCCAACCGUAUGAUUCUGACCAAGGAUCCGGAAAACAUCAAAGCAAUCUUGACUGGCCAGUUCGCCGACUAUGGCAAGGGAGAAAAGUUCCACCAGGACUGGAAAGAUUUUCUGGGUGACAGUAUCUUCGCCACGGAUGGAGAAUUGUGGUCCCGUUCACGACAGCUCCUUCGGCCUAUGUUUGCAAGAGAUCGUAUCGUUGAUACGGAAAUCUUCGAGAAACAUGUCCAGCAUCUCAUCCCACAUCUAGCAGGAAGCGGUCAUCCUGGAGGCAGCAGGGUUGUUGAUGUUGGGCCGUUGUUCUUUCGCUUCACCCUUGAUGCUGCGACGGAUUAUUUGCUGGGACAAGGCACAGACAGUCUGCAGAAUCCCACCACCCAUUUUGCAGAGGCUUUUAGAUAUGUUCUUCAUCGUCAGUCAGAAAUCUUCCGGUUUGGUCCCUUUAACGUCUUCCUGUCCAGGAAGAAAUUCCGAGAGCAGCUCAAGGUAAUGGACCAGUUCAUGCAACCCUACAUUGAAAGGGCCCUCUCCCUCUCGCCGGCCGAACUCGAUCAAAAGCUCUCCAAACGAGAAAGCUUCCUUGAGGCUCUCGCCCGCUUCACCCGCGAUCCUCGUGUCCUUCGCGAUCAAUUGGUUGCCGUCCUCCUCGCAGGUCGCGAUACAACAGCAGCUACUCUUUCCUUCUGUCUCUUUGAGCUCGCCCGUAACCCAGAAGUUGUCGCAAAACUACGAGAGGAAAUUCGCUCUCGUCUGGGUGUCGGCCCUGACGCUCAGAAACCGUCCUUCACAGAUCUCAAAGAAAUGAAGUACCUCACGGCCGUCAUCAAUGAAACUAUGCGUCUAUAUCCAGUCGUUCCAUUCAAUGUCCGCGAUGCCCUCCGCGACACGACUCUGCCCCGGGGUGGCGGACCAGACGGUACUGCACCCAUCGGUGUCCGCGCUCACACUCGUGUUAUCUACUCCACUAUGAUCAUGCAGCGAGAUGCAGAGAACUAUGAUUCUCCAGGCUCUCCAAAUUACUUCGACCCGAGCAAGUGGGUUCCUGAACGGUGGUUAUCAAGCUGGAGCCCGCGCCCCUGGCACUUUAUCCCCUUCAACGGCGGUCCGCGCAUCUGUAUUGGUCAGCAGUUUGCCACUAUUGAAAUGGGGUACACAAUUGCACGGAUCCUGCAGGCGUUUCAGAAGAUCACGGCUCUUCCUGUUUGUGGGAAGGAUCAGGUUGAGGAUCCAGUUCUUAUGUUCGAGGUUACCCUCAGUCCGGGAUCAGAGUUGAAUUGUGUUUUUGAAAGAGACAAUGAAGGCAGUGAGAAAGAAAAGGAUGUUGACGCGUAA